AGUCAAUUAUUUGUACUAAAAUUUUCACACCAUCAAAAAAUACCAAACUCAUUAGUAUCAUCAUCAUACAAGUAUUAUUCAUAUGGGCUCCAUAUUUCCAUUGUUGACCACCUAAACAUUGGGCCAACUCAUUCAUUCAUUCUGGAAAAUCGAAUAUAAUUCUGGGUCCAUCUUUCUCUCUCUCUCUUCACUCUUAAGUACAGUAUCAAUCAAAUUCAACUCAAAACAAACACAAAAUUCCGAAAUUCAUUCAUUACCCCCAUAAAAAAACCUUCAAUCAAAAGUUCUUCUUCUUUAAUUUCCUGUAAAUUUCUCUUUCUCUCAGAAAAAACAAUGUUAUCUGUAAAGCUGGUUAGAUCUCUUGUUCUGGGUGAACCCAUCAUCAACCCUUUUCAUCUUCAUCAUCAUAAUCAUAAUCAUAAUCAUGAUGAUAAAAAUGAUGAUGAUGUUGAUGUUAGAAAAACCCAAGUAGAGUAUGAUGUAGAUGAUGAUAAUGAUGAUGAAAUCAACAAAACCCAGAAAAUGUUGAAGAAGAAGAAGAUGCCAUUGUUGUUAUUCAUCCCAACUAAAGAAUUAAUCUGUGAUACUUUUCGAUUAGCCGCCAUUGCUAGAGAUAUUGGCAUGGAUUUUCACCCUUCUUCUUCUCUCUCUCAUCUCCUAUUUUCAUGGCCAUCAUCAUCAACAACAACAUCAUUGUUUUCACCAUCACCACCAUCUUCAUUAUCAUCAUCAAACAAUCGACCUUCAGUUUCAUCGAAUACAACAACAUCGACUUCAACAAUGUCGUUGUGGGGUUGUACCACAAUUCCAAACGACGCCGUUCCAAUCCCUUUUCCUUCUCUCUCUACUGCUUCUUCAAUCUCUCUCCUUCGCUACUUUGUUUCUCUCUCUAAAGGGUUGUUCAAGCUUGUAUUCCUUGAGAUUGACCCUAAUUCUAGGUUUAAUUACUGUAAUUAUGAUUGGGAUUGUUCUUCGAAUGUUGCUCUGGUUUCUAGGGUUUCUGGGAAACAGGUGAAUUCAAUGGAGGAUUUUUCUAGGGUUUUAGCUGGAAAUGGGUGGUCUCUUUUCCGGUCAUCGGAGAAUAAGAAAAUGGCGUCGGCUUUGGUGUAUUUGUUUAGAAAGAAUGAAUCGAAUCGGGUCCGGGCGAAGAAGAUGAUCAAGGGUGGUGGUGGUGGAGAGUGUAGAAUUAGGGAGUUGAGGUUGCCUGCAUUGGAUUUUAAGAGUGGGGUUCCAUUGAGGAUUUUGCAGUACAUCUUGCUCAUGACUGAUGAUCUCUUCUAUCUUGCAUAAAUGAUUUGGGGCUAUGCAGCUUGAAUCCCAGUAUUUGGCGAAUCUCUUCAAGUAGACAGCAAAAGUACGCGUGGAUCACUUCUACUUGGCCAGGAGAACCACAAACUAUUCCAAGGAAAGCAAGGGUGAAGAAUAUCAGCAAAAGGAAUGCAGCAUCAGCUGACAAGGGAGUUCUACAUGGAAAGCCCAAGCUCGAUAGUGAUCCAGUAUACUGUACCAGAGAUCGAACUUCAAUCAAUACUUUUUUCACACCUAUGAGUUGUUAAUAUAGUAGACUAAGCAACGUGAAUAAAACUGUAAAAUGCCUGUGUAUUCCAUCCGUGUUAAAACUGUAAAAGUAUUCUCACUGUACUUGGAGUUUAAAAAAAAUGGAAAUUAUGGAUUAGUCAUGUUCCCGUC